GCAUGGCUACGGCAGAUUGCAGGCGUAUAAAGCUUGUAUCAAUAUAUGCUGGUUUAGCGCUUCCGACCGCGCAGGUUCGCCCAUCAGUUCACUAGCUAUGAUUGCCUGAGCUAUGUUAUAUGCCAUAUAUCUCAGGGGCACCAGAUUCGCGCGAUGUUUCAGCAUCUGUGAUGCUACGACAUCCCUUGGAACCGAUAUCGGAUGUGCCUUUGCAGGGCUACCGUGAUGCAGACGAUCUCGGCUUGAGAGGGUCGACUGGCUCCAGCGGCGACAGUCCUCGAAGCAAGUGACGAGGCGCCAGUGAUAUGUGUUACUGUCGAAUCGACAGUACGCUGGCAAUAUCGACUCUUCUCGCAGGCGAUUCGCCUUGAGUGAGCUGGUAUAAGGGGUCACUGACGGAGUCGUGGUUUGGCGGUUCGAUAGACGUUGGUGACCUGUUUCAAGCGAUGCGUAUCAGGUAGACAACGUACGUUCCAGGCGGAUAU